GAAAUAAAGCAGCAACAGCGUUCCAGACUCUUGACUGUAACAGACAUUAGCAGCAGCUGGCGAGUCAAACAUGAGAAGUCUAGUGUUUCUGCUCCUGGUGGCUUUGGCCAGCGCUAAGGUCUACGAGCGCUGUGAAUGGGCCCGAGUGCUAAAGGAUCAUGAGAUGGACGGCUACUAUAACAACAGUCUGGCUGACUGGGUUUGUCUGAGCAAGUGGGAGUCCAGUUGGACUACCACCAGCACCAACCAUAACACCGACGGAUCCACGGACUACGGCAUCUUUCAGAUCAACAGCCACUGGUGGUGUGAGGACGGCCUAACCCCCCACUCCAAGAACGCUUGCAACAUCAAUUGCAGCGAUCUUCUGACCAAUGAUGUCGGUGUGGCGAUCACUUGUGCCAAGCGCGUUGUUAGGGACCCCAAUGGCAUCAGAGCCUGGGUGGCCUGGCGCAGCCACUGUGAGAACCGUGACCUGAGCGAAUACUUGGCAGGAUGUGGGCUCUAAUCCACAUGUGACCAGGAUGCUGUCAUGGACAUAAUAAAUGGUUUAAAAACAAUUA